AUGAUCACCGUAGCCCCAACCAAGAUCAUCAUCAACGACCAAACUUUUACGCAGAACGACCCUUCAGGGACAACCAAGGUGACGGUGAACGGCGAUGAAUUCACAAUUAACCCGAGCGAGGUCAUUGGCGGUGGGACGGUCGUUGAUCGGCCCGGCAACGUCGGUCGAAGCACCAUGGUCCCAUCCAGCACGGUGGUGGGCGACUUGCCUAUUGUGAUUGCGCCCGCAGGAACGCAAAACGUUGUUGUCGUCGGUGGGACGACGUUUGGGGUGCAGGCUACCCCCAUAACGGCUGUGGUGGAAGGCCAGACGAUCACCAUUGAGCCGUCCGCCGUCAUUGUUCCGGAUCAAAACGCUCCAAUCGGCGGUGCAGCUCCGGUAACGACGGUGGUGAAGGGGCAAACCAUCACACUUGUGCCAUCAGCGGCUGGUGCCCCCGGGGAAACUGUUUCAUCCGGCCGUGCUGCUCCACUAACGACCGUGAUCGAUGGGCAGAAGACUACAAUCCAGCCAUCCGUGGUGGCCGUCCCUAAACGAACCGUUUCGAUCAGCCGCGCGUCUCCGGUCCAAACGGAGAUCGUCGUGGCAGGCGGCGAGAUGAUCACUGCCAUCGGCCCGUCCGUGGUCGUCAUUCGGUCGACCACGUUUACAUACGGACUAGUUUCAACAGUCAUCACAAAGGUUGUAGACGAUGAUACCAUCUCAAUAGGACCCUCGGGGGUUUCUGUGCGCAACAUCACUGUGGGAGGGCCCGGGGCAAAGGCAACGGACACCACUUACGAGAUCGUGGGCGGCGCCUCAGUCACGCAAGUUGGAGCAUCGGUGGUGGUUGUAGACAGCACAAGCUUCACGGUGGGGCCAGGAAAGGGUACAACGACAAAGGUAUUUGGCGGCGAGACCAUCACGAUUGGUCCGUCUGGCGUGGUCGUUUCGACGAUUACUCUCCCGUACCCAUUUGGGCCGACGGUGAUUACGACAAUCGAUGUGCCUUCGACGGCGGCGGCGCCGUCACCGGUGCCGUCUGAGACGAAGAAGAAUGGCGGUGGUGCCGUCAGGCCGGCGAGGGCAUUGACGGAGUUGCAUUUAGAGGUUCGCAUAGCGAUCGGCGUCUGGGUUCUGGGGCACAUGUUUUGA